AUGUUGGAACCAAGCAAGAUUGGAAAGCUGAAGGAGUGGCUCCACAUCGACAGCGAGCCCUGGACUUCUCGCCAUCGCGCAUGCGCUGACCACCGUGUGCGCAAUACAGGAGAGUGGCUGGUGCGGCAUCGUCUUUUCAAGGCUUGGGUUCUCCCUGGAAACGAAUUGCAAGUCCUUGCGCUUGAGGCUGCUUCCAGUACUGGCAAGACGUAUCUUGCUAUCGCUGCAAUCGACCACCUCCAAAGACGUCAUAGAAACGACCAAACGUCCACAGCUGUAGCUUACUAUCUGUUCGACCGUACAGUCGCCCUAUCAACUAUCGGAAACGUCGUACGGGCAGUCUUGUUCCAGCUCUGUGUCCAGAACGUCCAAUUCUUCAAGCUUGCCCAACCAAUAUUGGAGGUUCCGGAAGAGAACAUUAAGGGCGAAGAUUUGUGGGGCAAAAUUGUUCAGGAGGUAAUGCAGAAGAUGCCGGAAUUGACUUGCUAUAUCGUUCUUGACGGCUUAGACCUCAUGGACGAGAAGGAAUAUGAGAGUUUGCGCGAUGUAUUGCGACACUCUGGCCCGGCAAGCUCAGGAAUGCGCUUCCUACUCACAGGUAACAGCAUCUGGUUAAGCACCGUCACUGAGCACGCUUCCAUCGCAACUUCCAGACUAUCUCUCGAUAAAGGGGACCUCAAUUCAGAGGACAUUGCACUAGUCGCGAAGGACUCUCUUUCGAGAUGCGCUCUGUUCACACAAGCACUUGAGAACGACGACUACAAAGCGGACGUCAGCGAGCGACUCGUCAAGAAGGUUCUAGGCGAUUACUAUAUGCUGUCCUGGUAUACCUCAAACAUGCGCCGUGCAUCAUCACGGUCCGAAGUUGAGCGAGUCAUGAAUAGAAACCAUCAGUCUCACCAAGGUGUUGUUUUGCACGAUCUAUCCCAUCUUGCGAAGCGACUACCAACGCACGAUUUGCUGCAGCUGAAAGAAACCAUUCAUUUGCUAGCGGUCUUGCGCCAUCUGGAAAUGCCGAUGCCGCGCUUAGCGAUCGUUCAAGAUUUUGUCGCACGAGAUGAGGGCUCUCCCACUAUGGUAGAAUCGACCAUCGAAUCGGCCUACUCUUGCCUGCUGACGAUAGAUCAUCACAACCAUCUCGAUUUUGCCGCAAUCGAGAUUGAUAAGCACCUGCUGGUCGAUCCUCGUAAUUCUUUAGUCGCGCAUGCCCUCUUACCAAAUGGCAGUCUCGCUCAAUUGCAAGCAAUGCAACUGGUUUUGACUAAAACUUUCAGUUCGGAUGCUCUAAAUGCACAUGGAUUCAAUGAAGAGUUCUUCGAGUCCAAGAAAAAACAGAAUUCAGUACUUUCGCAAUUCAUUGUUGAUUGGGACACCGCGAUGGCAAACACAGCGGUGCGCAUGAUUGAGAGUUUAGGAAACUUGAUGAAGAAUGCCAACGGUCACCGAACCGAACAGACAGCCGCUUUGUCUGCAUUAGCUCGUGAUCUGCUGCCAAAGAUUCUCUUCCAGCUUCGAACAGUCAAGCUGAAUGACGAUGUGGCAGUAAAUCUAGGCAUGAGCCUCGCAACACUUUUUCUCAAACACGACAUGUUGAACAUCUUCCUGCCUGUCGAGGCACAAAAGCAGACAAAUGACACCUGGGGCGCAGACAAGGGAUAUUUUGAGGCAGUGUUCAAGUGUAUGAAGGUCUGGCUGUUUCAACACAGGGAGUCAGCAGAUGCUUUGGGUUCAAAUUGGCCAGAUAUUCGAUGUGCCGAUGACUUGAACACGGUCGUAAGUCAGAUGAUAGCGAGCCGAUGGUUACAAAGCAAAUCGUUCUGGGCAAGAGAAGACUUUCAGCAUAUGUUUCGUUGGUUCAGGCAUAUACCUGAGCUGGGACUGGAGUGUAGCGCUCGGCGGGAGGACCUCGAAGGCUACGACGCAACGAAAUGCACAGACUGGUUUACGCUACCCAAUUGGCUCAAAAUUUUGAGAUGGGUUAAGGCUGGGAACGUUCAAAUCACCGACCAAGCCAGUCUCGACAUUCAUGCCGCCGCAACAUUAGGUGCAUUUGGCGACAGGACAUGUGCAGCUGCUAAGUUACUCUCUCCUCACACUAAGACUGAUUGGCGGGCUGCAGUGUUGAUGGCUGAAGCAACGUCCUUGAUGGCUUGGUGGAAACCGGAUGAGCGCCAACGACUUGGCAAAGCGUACAGCUUUUGCAAUAAAUCUCUGAAACUUAUGAUUGAAUACAACGCUGAUCGUGAGUCAGUGAUGAGGGCGAUUGACAACAUGCUCAGUUGGCAAGUUCAUUGGUACGACGUACCCAAACAGAUGCUCUUCAGAAAGUUGGCGAUAACCAUGGACACGCGCAAAAAUGGUCAUUUAUUGUCUCAACACAUGGUUUGCGAGACCUUGGAAUUUGCUGUUCGUCUCAUGGACAUCGACAGUGGUUUCGAAUUCUUCAUGUCCUUCUACGAUUUACACCGGGACCUCCUUCCCGAAACAUUCGUCUACCAUGCAGACAAGACGUGCAAUAGCUUCAUGCAUAUUGCAUUAAGCAAUACUAUCGCCAACGAUGCGAACGGUGUUCGGCUUUCCACCUUAUGUGAGGUGUAUCAGGAUUCACUAGCCCUCUGCGCUGAUACAGACGUAUUUUCAGAGCAACAGAAAACUCUCACGAAACUCAAGCUUGGGUUCUGGCUUGGCCGGCUGAACUUCCUGCAAUCAACACAUUCCCAGCUCGAUAAGGCAAUCGAUGUCUGGGAAAACAUCAUUCAAGACCUGCUACAUAGCCCUGCUACCACAGAGAUUGCGCUCAUGUUGCCAAUUGUGACGCAUCCAUGCUCUGCGUAUAUCCGAAAGGUCCUGGAAAGUCCGGGGCACCCGAAUAGCAUUGACAUCGUGGCCAAGGUCAUCGAGUUGGUUGAGAUAGCUAAAACUUCUCAGGGCCCUCUUUUUUUCAAGCUCCAAUUCCGAACUAGUCUCUGUCUUGCGAGGAUACAUAUGGCGCAAGGAAACAAUCACAAAGCGCACAAAGUUCUUCAAGAACAUGCGACCCGUGCCUUUGCUAUGAUCUAUCAAAGCCACGACAAGUCGUUGUCAAAUACUGGAUGGUUUUAUUUGGCGUCGAUUUUGACAGUGCUUGGUCAAGAUGUCGCCGCGCGGGUGUGGACAAAAGUCGGCAUGUACAAGUGCGGUAAACGGAUGAUCUCUGAGAAUUAUGACGUGUAUGCAGAAAGGAACGCAAAACGCGUCGAAGACCCUCUUCUCGACGAAACGACUUAUUGUCAGUUGAAAUUGAUUGAGAGAGGCGAGUAUUUUGCUCGAAACGAAUUGCCAGUCGAUAACUACCUCCCGUCAUAUGCUUCGAUGGCAUGCGACGGACGCCAUUGCGAGUCUAAAUCGCUCACUGCAGGCAAGGUCUCGAGUACUCAUUGCUCACUGCUGCCGGACUCAGAGUACUGGAUCUGUCGUGACUGCGUGUCAACAAAGCUUUGUCUUACGUGUCGUGGUCUCCUAGUAGCAGGGACGUUGCCACUUAUGGGUUGUCAGGCUGGCCAUGAGGGAGUCACUGUCAAAGGCUCAUAUGAGAUGUCAGAGGACGAUUCCGCUACUAUCACGAAGCUUCAAAAAGAUUGGCAAGUCUAA